GUGGUUCAGGAGGUCGUUGUUUUCCGAGGCGAAGAGGAGGGUUUGUUCGGGGGUUAGGUUCAGAGAGCUCGUGGCGUCGGAGGAGAGGGAUGGGUCGGAGGUGAAGUCGGCGGAUUGGCGGGUAUUUUUCUUGAUGUUGCCGUUCAUGUCGCCAGUAUCUCCUGUUCCGAGGUCUGUGCUGUUGGGUAUUCCGCUUUCGACGCGUGCUCGUGCGAGGACGCUCUUGCCUUUCUCGACCUCUCGCCGUAGUCUUGCGUCCAUCAUUUCGGAUUGUAGUCUUCCCACUCUCUCCAACGCUCCUCGAAGGAAGACCACCACGCUCUCCCUCACAGCCUCCAACGUCUUCCUCUCUCCCUCCUCUAGAUGUUCCUCCGGCGACAAUGCCGUCUAACGUCAACAGCACCUUUCUCCGUUUUCACCACUCCUCAGAAGCGAUUCAUCGUCUUCAUGGUCUCCCUCGCCUCCUUCUUCUCUCCUUUGUCAGCAAACAUCUAUUUCCCGGCCUUGAACACGCUCUCGCGCGACUUCAACGUGUCGCCGUCGACCAUGAACCUUACCCUGACGUCCUAUAUGAUCUUUCAGGGCCUGGCUCCCACUCUAUUCGGCGACCUUGCAGAUAUGGCAGGGCGACGCCCAGCUUACCUGAUCGGGUUCGCCAUCUAUCUGGGCGCUUGCAUCGGUAUUGCUCUUUGCGAUUCCUUUGCGGCGUUGCUGGUCUUGCGAUGUUUGCAGUCGAGUGGGUCGAGUAGUACCAUUGCGUUGGGAUCGGGCGUGGUAGCGGACAUUGCCACGAGUGCUGAGAGAGGGGUUUGGAUGGGGUGGGCGACUUCAGGUCCGAUGAUCGCUCCAGCCCUCGCUCCUGUGCUGGGCGGACUGUUCACCGAGUUCCUCGGUUGGAGAUGGAUCUUCUGGUUCCUCGUCAUCCUCACCUGCGCAGUCCUCGUCCCACUUGUCAUGAUCUUCCCAGAGACCGGCCGCAACGUUGUAGGCAACGGCUCCAUCGCGCCUCAAGGCUGGAACAUGUCGCUCCUCAACUACCUCCAGGUGAAACGACAGCGCGGCAAGGUCGAAUCCUCUCCUCCACCACCGACCUCUCUCAAGACGCGUCUCCGGUUCCCCAACCCUCUCAACUCCCUCCGUCUCCUCCUGGAAAAGGACGUUUCCCUUCUCCUGAUCUACAACGCGCUUAUCUACUCCUCUUUCUACUGCCUCAUGUCAUCCUUCCCACAACUUCUUUCCGACAUCUACGGCUUCAACCCGCUCCAAAUUGGCCUCUGCUUCCUACCUCUCGGCAGCGGAGCGUUCCUCGCGACAUUCCUCAGCGGCCAUAUUCUUGACUGGAACUUCCGACGCAUCGCCACUCAACUCAACUGGCCCAUCGUCAAAAACCGCAACGCCGACCUUGGUGCUUUUCCGAUCGAGCGAGCAAGACUACAAAUCACAGCGCCUUGUGUGUUCCUCGGCUCCGUGGCACUGAUCGCCGUGGGAUGGUGUCUUCACUAUGAAGUCCCCCUCGCGGCACCUCUCGUGCUGAGUUUCAUCCACGGACUAUUCAUGACCGCCGCGUUCAACACACUGAGCGUGCUGCUCGUGGACCUAUACCCGAUGUCUCCAGCCACGGCGACGGCCGGUAACAAUCUAGUGAGAUGUCUUUUCGGGGCUGCAGCUACAGCGGUGAUAUUGGACGUGCUGAAAGCGAUGGGAAGAGGCGGAGGCUUUACGUUCGUGGCGGGAGUGGUGAUCUCCGGUAGUCCGGUGCUGUGGGUGUUGGAAAAGUGGGGUAUGGGAUGGAGAGUAGAGAGGAAGAAGAAGAUACAGGCCAAGAUAGAGACGAAGGCAGAAGCCAAAGAGUGUGAGAAAGUGGACGACAAGACGGGCGCGAGCUGA